AUGGAAACACAACCACCAGUACAAGCCGGCCACCGACGGAAGCGACAAGCCGGCGCCGGCCGCGUCCGCUACAAAGACGACACGCACACGCCCACAUCCCUCUCCCACUCCCACUCCGGCCGGCUCCCACCACCACCGCACACGCCCGCGUCACCGGUCAGUCUCACCUCAGCUGCCUGCACCCCCUCCCCGUCCCCCGGCCCCAGCCGCAUUGGCGCCGAUCGCAUGCUGCUCUCCCUCGCCCAGCCCCGCCUGCUACCCCGCCUCCCCUCCCCGGCGACCGCCACCGCGACUACAGCCCGCCCUCGCGCCCUCGCCCUCGCCCUCGCCCCGCGCCGCGCGCACUCCUCGGCCGCCGAAACCGCCGCUCCAGGCCGGCUCCGCGCGGUGGUCUCGGAGCGGGCUGUUGACGGGAUGGCGCCGGCCGCGGCGGGGCAGGAGGGGCGGCCGCUCCGGGUCGGGCUCGUGUGCGGCGGGCCCUCCGCCGAGCGGGGCAUCUCGCUCAACUCCGCGCGCUCCGUGCUCGACCACAUCCAGGGUGAUGACUUGUUGGUGAGCUGCUACUACAUCGACUGUGGCAUGAACGCGUUCGCCAUAUCGCCAGCUCAGCUGUAUUCCAACACCCCUUCAGACUUUGAUUUCAAGCUUGAAAGUCUAGCACAAGAAUUUUCCACCCUAUCUGAAUUUGCGGAACAUCUUGCUACCAAUGUUGACAUUGUCUUCCCGGUGAUACAUGGAAAAUUUGGUGAAGAUGGUGGUAUUCAGGAGCUUUUGGAGAAAGCAAAUGUUCCAUUUGUUGGGACGCCCUCUAAUGAAUGCCUCCGUGCUUUUGACAAGCAUAAUGCAUCGCUCGAGCUCGACGCUCAAGGUUUCUUAACAGUACCAAACUUUCUUGUAGAGAAGGACAAAUUGGCCAGGUCAGAGUUGGAGGAAUGGUUUGGAAGCAUCGGUUUGAAUAAAGAAAAUGGCAAAGUGAUUGUCAAACCUACGAGAGCUGGAUCAAGUAUCGGUGUAGUUGUUGCUUAUGGUGCUAAUGAGGCAGCUGAGGAAGCCGAGGGAAUAUUUUCAGAGGAAAUUGAUGAUAAGGUUAUCAUAGAAGUUUUUCUUGAAGGGGGUUGUGAGUUUACAGCCAUUAUUCUUGAUGUUGGGACAGCUAAUAACAGUGAGCCUAUCGUUUUGCUUCCAACAGAAGUUGAGCUUCAGUCAUCAAUUACUAACGAUAUUCAGGAGGAUACAAUAUUUAACUACCGUAGGAAGUACCUUCCAACUCAACAGGUUGCUUAUCAUACACCUCCACGUUUUCCGGCAGAGGUUAUUGAUUGCAUAAGACAAGGAGUAUCUCUUUUAUUUCGCCAUUUUGGCCUACGUGACUUCGCCAGGAUAGAUGGUUGGUUUUUACCAACUCCUGCUACUUCUCUGACCUCAUCUGAAAACGGUGGUAAAUUUGGAAAUACAGAGUAUGGUACUGUCCUUUUCACUGACAUUAAUUUGAUAAGUGGGAUGGAGCAAACCAGUUUCUUAUUUCAACAAGCUUCAAAGGUUGGAUUCUCUCACUCUCGAAUCCUCCGUACAAUUGUUCAGCAUGCUUGCUCACGUUUUCCUUCCCUUGUUCCAAGCAAUAAUGCAUGGACUGCUUUAUCCAGAAAAAUGCAAUCUGCAAAACAAGCAGAGAUAAUCCAGAAUGAUACAUGCAAGCAGAAGGCUUUUGUGAUAUUUGGUGGUGAUACUUCAGAGCGGCAAGUAUCUCUUAUGAGCGGCACAAAUGUCUGGCUUAAUUUGCAAGGUUUCGAUGAUCUUGAUGUGACACCAUGCUUGCUUGCACCUUCGAAUGGAUAUUCUCCCCACAAUGAAGAUUUUAGCGGAAGUGCACGCGAUGUUUGGACACUGCCAUAUUCAUUAGUGUUACGACACACAACUGAAGAAGUUCAUGCUGCAUGUUUCGAAGCAAUUGAACCAGAGCGGGUUGAAAUAACAACUCGCUUACGUGAUCAAGUAAUGAAAGAACUUGAACGAGCAUUAAGCAAGCAAGAUUGGUUUGCGGGCUUUGACAUCACUGAUGAACAACCUAUCAAAUACUCUCUGCAACAAUGGAUUGAUUAUGUUAAAGAAGCUAAAGCUGUAGUGUUCAUAGCAGUUCAUGGUGGUAUUGGGGAGGAUGGUACCAUUCAAUCGCUGUUGGAAUCUGCAGGAGUUCCUUACACAGGGCCAGGACCAAUAGCUUCUAGAACAUGCAUGGACAAAGUUGCAACUUCACUUGCCGUUGAUCAUUUGGCUAGUUAUGGCAUUCACACUAUACCAAAGGAUGUAAGAGCAACAGAAGACCUACUAAAGUCAUCUCUUGCUGAUAUCUGGAUUGACCUGAAAGCAAAAUUACAAACAGAAACGGUAUGUGUGAAACCUGCUCGUGAUGGAUGCUCAACUGGUGUGGCAAGAUUGCGAUGUCUAGAGGACCUAGAAGUCUAUGCAAAUGCGCUGAGCGGAAAGCUUCCGCGUCUGCCUGCUAACUGUCUAUCCAGGGCACAUGGAGUUAUUGAGAUGCCAGUCCCUCCUCCGGAGUCACUGAUAUUCGAACCAUUUAUCGAAACCGACGAAAUUAUUAUCUCAAAUAAAUCGAGGAAUGAUAGUACCCGCCAUCUGGUAUGGAAGGGCGAAAAUGAGUGGCUCGAAGUGACUGUUGGUGUCGUCGGCAAACGUGGGGAGAUGCAUUCAUUGAAUCCAAGCAUCACAGUCAAAGAAAGUGGUGACAUUUUGUCUCUUGAAGAGAAAUUUCAAGGUGGAACUGGAAUCAACUUGACACCACCUCCAGCAACAAUUAUGAGUGAGGAUGCGCUGCAGAAGUGCAAAAAUUGUAUCGAGAUGAUGGCGAACACAUUGGGUUUGGAAGGGUUUUCACGCAUUGACGCAUUUGUUAAUGUUCACAGUGGAGAGGUGCUGUUGAUAGAGGUAAACACUGUGCCUGGGAUGACUCCCUCCACAGUUCUGAUUCACCAGGCACUCACGGAGGAACCACCCAUCUACCCCCACAAGUUUUUCCGAACACUCCUUGAUCUGGCGUUUGCAAGGGCAGACUAG